AUGGACUCCACCCUGGUAUCGAUCCUGGUGACCCUGGUCAUUCUGACUACGGUCGCCGCUGGCGGCUAUUGGUCGUACCAGGAAGGUCACCUCGAUCCUCUUAUCAAUUCAAUCGGAGCUUACAUAGCGAAAGCCAAGGCGGAGGCAGCACUAAAGCAGGUGCAGGGGAAAGAAGGACUUAAAGCAGCGGAAGAAAAGACAAGCGAGUUCCCUCAUCGGCCUCCCGCGACAGCCCCCGUUCCCCAUGCAGACGGGGCUUGCCCGGGAUGUGCGGGACCGGAAGACCGGAGUUUGGGGCUUAUGCCAUUUUGGCGUCGUGGCACUGGUGAUCGGGGGGCUCGGAUACAUGUCUCGGAGAGGCGUGUUUGGUGUGGAGGGAAUUAUUCGUCGACUGGAGAGGAUGGGCAGGAGGCAUGA